CACACAACAGCUGCAGAGAUUUCGGAAACUUACGGUGGUUAUGAGUGAUGUGGGUGUUGUAUAUCUUGGCAAAAAUCGGAAAGAAGACGAGCCGACGGCCGACGCCGAAUGUAUUAUUGCAUCACUCUCCGCACAUGUUUACAAUUCCCACGGGAUGGGGAAGGGCCGGAUGCCGUCUGGUCCGCUGUGGUGGGAUGGGGACCACCAUAUUUGUCAGACAGCUCACCAUUGCUUCCGUCGAUUUUUGAGCUCUCUCCACCUCUCUCUCGACUCCGUGUGCACUGUGAAGACGGACGUUGAUUCGGAUAAACAUUGUUAUCGGUUCAAGUUACUAUUACCCAUCUCUGCCCAAGCCUACUUCCCAUCAUAUCGUCCAAGAUGGGUGCCGACGCUUUCAUCGAACCGAUAAUCGUCGCCACGAUUCUCAUCGGCGGAGUAUACGUUAAUCGGCGAAGUACUAGCCUGAAGGAUGGCUACCGUUCUCCAUCGUCGGAGUCUUUGCUGCCCAACAUGGAGCCGCAGUGGCGGGAACGUAAAGUGUUCGGCCGGACGGUGAGGUGUCGGAAUACCGCUGUGUGGAGGGACACCAAGAUUAGCAGGUUCAUUGCGAGAUAUCCGUUCGCGGUCGAGGUUUGGUACUGGUUGUUGGUGUACUGGACCUACCAAAUCGGGCGAGCCUUCACAGCAUUAACGCUGCAAGCCGACCUCACGCCCAUCGCGCGACUUCACGCCCUAUCACUCAUCUCGCUCGAAAAGCGUCUCGGGCUCUUCAUCGAGCUGGAUGUUCAGCACUGGUUCCUGCCGCGUCCGGUCUUGCUAAAGAUCAUUAACUGCAUGUACUCGUUCAUCCACAUUCCCGGCACCAUCACGUUCCUUGCGUGUCUGUACCACUACGCUCCCAGGCCGCUUUUCGAGGCCCGCAGGAGGACCCUGGCGAUAUGCAACCUGAUAGCGUUUGUGAUCUUCACGUCGUGGCCGUGUAUGCCGCCGCGCCUGCUGCCAGAAGAAGACGGGUUUGGCUUCGUGGACACCGUGCACACCGGUAAAGUUGCGAGUGUGUGGACAAGCAACAGGUUUUGCCAGCAACUAGCGGCAAUGCCAUCGCUCCAUUUCGGCUAUUCAUUCAUCAUCGGGCUAACGAUUGCCACGAUGCCGAACGUGCGCGCCACCAACAUCCGCCGCAGGCUAAUGCUGAUCGCGGCGGGAAUGGCGUAUCCGACCAUGAUCCUUAUCGCGAUCCUCGCCACGGCGAACCAUUUCGUGCUCGACGCUGUGGCGGGAUUCUUUGUUGCCGUGGCCGGCUGGCAUGUCAACGGCGUGUUGGUGAAUCUGCUGCCGCUCGAGGAUUGGUUCUUCAAUCUGCUGCACGUGCAUAAACCUGACCACGAGGAGGCGAGGGACGGAACGGCGAGUCCCGUCGGCGAUGGGAAAAUUGGGCCUGAGGAGGAGUGGUGGAGGAGGGCUUGAGUGGUCGACUUACUGUGUUCGGGGCGGGCUGGGGAGGAAUUGUAAGGCAUGGCGGGGGUAUUGUAGUUGUAAGGCUGAUUGUGAUAUCAAACCACCAUGCUUGUGUAUUUUGCGUGUACUUGCUUUCUGUUGUUGUUUUCUUCUCUUCUUCGCAUAAUACGGCAUGUAGCCUUCAGGCUAUAGCCGGUCCUCUCUUCUCAUGCAUCGGGUGGAUAUGUCUAAUGAGUAUUCUGUGUGUGGGUCGGGUGUAACUACCGCGUAUGUAUCGUCGUACGGCUGGCAGCCUGUGUCCUCUAGAGUAGAGGAAUACAUACGACACAUUCAUCUGCCUAUCGCACUGUG